GUUUGCCUGAAUCCAUCAUUGCAGCUGCAUGUUCAAGAAGUGGCCAGAGAGUUCUGCAUGUUGAUUCACGAAGCUACUAUGGAGGAAACUGGGCCAGUUUUAGCUUUUCAGGACUAUUAUCCUGGCUAAACGAAUACCAGGAAAGCAGUGACAUUGUAAAUGAAAGCCUGGAAUGGCAAAAGCAGAUUCUUGAAAAUGAAGAGGCCAUUGCUCUUAGUAGGAAAGACAGGACCAUUCAACAUGUGGAAGUGUUUUGUUAUGCCAGUCAAGAUUUACAUGAAGAUGUCGAAGAAGCUGGUGCACUGCAAAAAAAUCAUGCUUCUGUGACAUCUGUGAACCUCACAGAAGCUGCAGAUUCUGUUUGCCUGCCUACAGAAGAUGAGUCAUUAAGCACUGUGAGCUGUGAAAUGCCUCCAGAACAAACUCCAAGCAGUAAUCCAGAGAGUGCCCCUGAAAUAAAUGAUGUCGAAGCAGUAGAGGAGAAAGAAAACCAUUGUAAUGAUAAAAUUUGUGUGCAGACAACAUCUGAAGAGGAAACAAGUGAAAAUAUGCCUACAGCAGAAUAUACUGCAGAGCAACCAAAGAAAAAUGUGAUUACUUACUCACAAAUUAUUAAAGAAGGCAGGAGAUUUAAUAUUGAUUUAGUAUCAAAGCUGCUGUAUUCUCGAGGAUUGCUAAUUGAUCUUCUAAUAAAAUCGAAUGUUAGUCGGUAUGCAGAGUUCAAAAAUAUUACCAGGAUUCUUGCAUUUCGAGAAGGAAGAGUGGAACAGGUUCCUUGUUCCAGAGCAGAUGUCUUUAAUAAUAAACAACUUACUAUGGUAGAAAAGCGAAUGCUGAUGAAAUUUCUUACAUUUUGUAUGGAGUAUGAGGAACAUCCUGAUGAAUAUAAAGCUUAUGAGGACAUUACAUUCUCUGAAUAUUUAAAAACUCAAAAAUUAACCUCCAACCUCCAAUAUUUUGUCCUGCAUUCAAUUGCAAUGACAUCAGAGGCAACCAGCACUACCAUAGAAGGCCUCAAAUCUACUAAACACUUUCUCCAUUGUCUUGGGCGAUACGGCAACACUCCAUUUUUGUUUCCUUUAUAUGGCCAAGGAGAACUCCCUCAAUGUUUCUGCAGGAUGUGUGCUGUGUUUGGUGGAAUCUAUUGUCUUCGUCAUUCAGUACAGUGCCUUGUAGUGGACAGAGACUCUAGAAAAUGUAAAGCAAUCAUAGAUCAGUUUGGCCAGAGAAUAAUAUCUAAGCAUUUUGUUGUGGAGGACAGUUACUUUUCUGAGAACACAUGCUCAAAUAUUCAAUACAGGCAGAUCUCCAGGGCAAUCCUGAUUACAGAUAGAUCUGUGCUAAACACAGAUUCAGAUCAACAGAUUUCCAUUUUGAUAGUACCAGCAUCGGAACCAGGAACUUCUGCUGUUCGGGUCAUUGAGUUAUGUUCUUCAACUAUGACAUGCAUGAAAGGCACUUAUUUGGUUCAUUUGACUUGUACAUCUUCAAAAACAGCAAGAGAAGACUUAGAACCAAUUGUGCAGAAAUUGUUUAUUCCGUAUACCGAAAUGGAGAUAGAAAAUGAAGAAAUUGAAAAGCCAAGACUUCUGUGGGCCCUUUACUUCAAUAUGAGAGAUUCUUCAGACAUCAGCAGGAACUCUUAUAAUGAUUUAUCAUCCAACGUUUAUGUCUGCUCCGGCCCAGACUGUGGUUUAGGAAAUGAUAAUGCAGUCAAACAGGCUGAAGCACUUUUCCAGCAAAUCUGCCCCAAUGAAGACUUCUGUCCACCUCCACCAAAUCCUGAAGACGUUGUCCUUGAUGGAGACAGUUUACAACCAGAGGCUUCAGAAUCGAGUUCCAUACUAGAGGCAAACUCAGAGACUUCCAAGGAAAGCCCAUACCUGGGAAACCCAGAGGAGCCCUCUGAAUAACACCAGAUUGGGUACCCUGCUUUGGAAAUGUCUCCUAACUUGAAUCUUGAUGGAAGAACUGUUUGAAAAAAAAAAAGUGAAAAAGCAUUAGCCAAUUAACAUGCAAAAUUACAAAUAGAGACAGGUCAUAGGAAUCCAAAGGAGGUUUUUCCUUAUAGGGAAAACACAUAACACAUAUAAAGCACAUUGACAUGUCUGCUUUAAGAUAUCAAACCUUUGGAAUUAGCUUAUAAAAAUUAAAAAUGUAUUGACUACCAGGAGUACAGCUAUGAAUUUUGAAAUGAUCCUAUGCAUUGUUAAUAAUUCUGUGGUUUUAGAACGGCUUUUGCUUGCCACUUUGGAUAUUUGUUUAAAAGCCACAUCUUCAGAAUUAGCUCACAUAUUUCUUUAAUUUUUAGAAUUCAAUUUUCUCUUUG